AUGAAGGGCUUCACGUCAGUUGCUUUGGCAGGAGCCGCUCUGUUCCUCACUGCAAAAGCAGACGUAGACCCUAUUGUGAUCAAGGGCUCCAAAUUCUUCUAUAAAACCAACGGAACCCAGUUCUACAUGCGAGGCGUUGCGUAUCAACAGGACUACCUUGGAAACGGCACCACCUCGGGUUCAUCUGGUGGUUCCGACAGUUAUAUUGACCCCCUUGCCGACCCUGACUCUUGCAAGAGAGACAUUCCUUACCUCGUGGCUCUGCGAACCAACGUCAUCCGUACUUAUGCGAUCGAUCCCACGAAGAACCAUGACGAAUGCAUGUCAGCGUUGGCUGACGCCGGCAUCUAUGUCAUUUCCGACUUGUCUGCUCCCGGCCAGUCCAUCAACCGUGACACUCCUUCGUGGAAUGAUGACCUCUACGGACGUUACACCUCGGUUGUGGAUGCCCUGGCGAACUACACAAACACCUUGGGAUUCUUUGCGGGCAAUGAAGUCUCAAACAAUAGUACCAACACCGACGCCAGCGCUUUUGUCAAGGCAGCUGUACGGGAUAUGAAGGCAUACAUCAAGCAAAAGAACUACAGACCUUUGGGUGUUGGUUACGCGACGAACGAUGAUGCAGACAUCCGCGUAAACUUGGCCGACUACUUCGACUGCGGCGACCGUUCCCAGGCGAUUGACUUCUGGGGCUACAACAUCUACUCUUGGUGCGGUGACUCUAGCUAUACCGAGUCGGGCUACGAUGAGCGCACCGCGGAGUUCUCGUCGUACAAUGUUCCCGUCUUCUUCGCCGAGUAUGGUUGCAAUACUGUCCAGCCUCGCAAGUUUACUGAAGUUGGCGCGUUGUAUGGCCCUCAAAUGUCCCCCGUCUGGUCUGGUGGAAUUGUCUACAUGUACUUCCAGGAAGCGAACGACUACGGUCUCGUCAGUGUCGAUGGCAACUCGGUCAGCACCUUGGACGACUUUAACUAUCUAUCUUCCGAACUGGCCUCGGUCAACCCAACUGGAGUGAACUCCGCCAGCUACAACCCAACCAACACCGCUGCCCAGGCUUGCCCAACUGUCGGCAGCGAUUGGCAAGCGUCGUCCGAUCUUCCUCCUACGCCAAACCAGGAACUUUGCCAAUGCAUGUACAAUGCUCUGAGCUGUGUUCCAGACAACGUCUCUGGUGACGGCAUUGGUGAGCUGUUUGGCGUAGUGUGUGGUUUGGGUGAAGGAACUUGCGACGGAAUCACAGCGAAUGGCACCGAGGGACAUUACGGCGCGUACGAGAUGUGCGACCCUACUCAACAACUUGCCUUCGCACUCAACAACUACUACCAACAACAACUGACGGCUGGCAACGGCGCAUCGGCUUGCGACUUUUCAGGAUCUGCGAAAACGCAGUCUCCUGCCACUCCAACCGGCACUUGCGCGGAAUUGAUCAGCCAGGCUGGUAGUGCAGGCACUGGCACAGUCACAUCGCAACCAAGUGGCACCGGUGCCUCUGGUUCUGGUUCUGGCUCCGGCUCCGGCAGCGGUGGCAGUUCAAGCAGCUCCAGUGCCGGUAUACCUGGCUUUUCCGCACCAGCCCACGUUGGCCUCCUGCAAGUUGUGUCCUUCCUCACGGUUGCAUUUGUGUCGGGGGCUGGUAUGAUCUUGUUGUAG